GCUGGGAUGUAAAGAUCUUAAUCCCCCCAAACUAUCGUUGAGUUUUGAGGUUUAUUCCUUUAAAAAUAUUUUCAAAGAAAAAAACAUUCGAAAAGCAACUCGUUGAUCGUCACGUUGAGCGAGAUCAACUUCGGUCAGCGGAUUCUUGCAAAUCCAAUUUUUGUCUGCAGUCCGCCAUGUUUUUUUCUUGAGUUAAAAAAGAUGAGUUUCGUCUCUGACGAGCUUGCGAACGUUUUAAAGUCGGUGUACAAGACGGAGGGGAGUGGUGGAAAGGAGGAAGAUCGUGAUUCUUCUAAAAGAACUGACAAAAGCAAUGGAGAUGUUUCGAAAGAGAAGCGCUCGAGAAAACACAAGCACAAGAAACACUCGAAAUCCAAGGACAAGAAGAAACACAAAAAACGGAAACACAAAUCUAGAUCCAGAACACGUUCGCAAUCUCGUUCUAGAUCGCGUUCACGCUCUAUUGAAAAAGGAGAGUCUUUGAAGCAAUCUAAAAAUCGUUCUCGUUCACCGAGUUCACGCUCCAAAUCACCAAUGACUCCGGAUGAAAUUCAACAUGAUUUUGUUCUGGAGAAAGAAAAACCUCCUGACACUGUCGACGGUAACUGUGUGAAAACAGAUACAACGGAAAAUGACUUAAAUGGGACCGAUGGAACUGUUUGUCUAUCAAAGGCUGCUUCUGAAGAAGGACCUAGUCAUCAGGUUGUUUGUGAAUCAAAAACUUCGGAUGACAAAGGUGAGGAACGUGAAAGCACUGUUGAAAAUGUAAGUGCAGAGAAAGGUGCAGAGAAAGAUAUAUGUUGUUUUAAUACAAAUUUAACCUCUGAAAAAGGGGAAAAAGAAGAAAAAGAUAGAUCCCGCAGCAGAAGUCAUUCAGUGGCUAAAGUUACUGAUUCAAAGAACAAAAAGAGUCCUUCACACUCAAGAAGUAGAUCAAAGUCACCUGAUGCUAAGUCAUGUAGCCGCAAUAAAAACAGACAUUCAAGGUCUCACUCUAGAGACAGAAAAACUAAAAGAAAGUCAAGGUCACUAUCAAGUUCUAAAGAGGCAUCACGUGAAAAGAAAUCUAGAUCAAGAUCGUCCUCCAGAAACAAGUCAUCUAAGUCAUCUAAGAAAAGGUCAAAGUCGCGUUCCAAGGAAAGACGCAGCAAAAGAAGUUUGUCAAAGUCACGAUCACAUUCUCUAUCUCAUUCAUAUAGUAGUAGAUCCAGGUCUAGAUCACCUAGGCGGUCCAGGUCUAGGUCACCUAGACACCGAAAAUUACGCUCUAGAUCACGUAGGAAAUCACCUGCAUUUAGGAAUUUUCGAAGGUUUUCCCCUCCUCGUUGGAAAAGAGGUGUGGGCUCUUUCAGAAGACAUUGGUCAAGAUCACGCUCCAGGUCUCGCAGAUCGCGUUCAAGAAGAAGGAGCUCUUCAAAGAGGAGGCAGUCACGUUCAAGAUCUAGAGGAAGAAGGUCACAUUCGAGGUCAAGAUCACGAUUACAAAGUAGGAGAUCUCAGUCGCGAAGUAGGAGAUCACAUUCCUCAUCCAGAGAUAGAAAACGAAAGAGUUCUAGGUCAAAAUCCCGCACACACUCAAGAGACAGAGGAAGAAGCAGGAGCAAGAGCAGAUCUGGUUCAAAGUCAAAAGACAAAGCACAGUCCAGCAACACUUUACCAACUGCCAGUGUAGCAGUGACCAACAAAGUGUCCAGUUUCAUUGACAAACCUGUGGCAAGUGAUCUCUCCACACAGCAAGUUAAGGUUGCUCAGAGAGCUGGAGGGAAGACUAUUGCUGAACUAACUGCUUUUUGUAAAAAGUUGCAGGAGGAGAAGGAAGGUGUUGACAGUGACGGGGUUGGUGCAGCUGCUAAAACAGAGGAGGAUGACUCCCAGCCAGUAGCACAUCACCCGUUUUUGGUUAAAGAAAAGCCUGACAUCACUAUACCACCAGUUAUCUUCCCAGUCAACAAACCUCUUGUCCCAACUGUAGACCCAAGUAAACCACUACAGGAGCAGUUUCCAGUGUCUUGUGGCAGUAAGCACAGAGAAAAAGAGGAUGUAACCGAUGGAGCAGUAGUUGCUGAUGUGGAUGGCUCUGCAAUUCAGACACAGCCCAAAGAAGAAGUAUUUGCUCCACCGCCUGCUGAGAAGUUUGACAUCAGUGAGCUUGUGGCAAAGCGGAUGGAUUCCCAGCGUCGGCUUCAGGGUGAUCCCAAUGAUAUUGAAGCCUUGUUGACGCUACAAGAAAUUCAGAUGAAAAUGCAAAAUUGGUGUCAAUCAAAUGUCAAGCCAGGACAGUUUACUGGAGAGCUUGUUAAGAAUCUUCUGCCAAAGGAAAAUUUGCAAGGAGGCUUCCAAGCAUGGGCCAAAAAGGACAUGUUUCAUAACCUUACCCCAGUUAGUGGAGGUAUUGGGAUGAAGCUUCUUCAAAAGAUGGGUUGGAAGCCUGGUCAAGUGAUUGGUAAGAGGGGUGAAGGAUAUGCUGAACCCAUUGCUCUUACUGUCAAAAUCGACAGGAAAGGUCUCAGUACUGGCAAGGAGAAGGCCACAAAGAAAGGUGCUCCUGCAAUGUUGGACCUACAAGGAAAGCACCCCGUGUCUGCUCUGGCGGAAUAUUGCAGCAAGAGGAAAUGGCAACUGCCAGACUAUUCAUUGGUGUUUGACCAUGGCCCUGCGCACCACAAGCAGUUUCUGUUUAAAGUGUUAGUUAACAGUGUUGAGUACCAACCUGCUGUUGUAUGUGGCAAUAAGAAACAGGCCAAGGCACAAGCAGCCAUCUAUGCUCUGAAGGGACUUGGCCUUAUCCCUGAAGAUGCUGAUAUAUCUGCUGUAUGACAUGCACUACUUCAUGUAAUCAAUUUUCUUAGUUUAUAGUUUGAGUAAUACAAUUACUCAGUGUUGGAUGUGUGAUAAAAAACGCACAAAAGUGUUAACAAUAAUGAGGUGUUUGUUACUCAUUAUUGGUAUACAAGGCAUACAAUGUUAUUGUCUUUUGAGAUUACAUGAAGUUAAGUUCAUAACCUUUCUACUUUCAUUGAACAAUCAUAACAGAUUUCAGGAUAAUAUUCAGCUUUGCGAGUAACCACUUCUUCACAAAAUAAUACAAGGGACACCUGGUUAAAGAAUAAAUUUACUGAUUGUUAUCAGACAAGUUUUUUUCAUCUCAUAACUAAGUUAUAAACAGGUUUUAGAUUGGAAUGUUUGUUUUUACGUGAUUAUUCAACAAAAUUACAGUUUUGUCAGUAUUGCAAGUUUUAUUAGAUAUCAUUUAAUUUUCAUGUGGACAGUUUUUCAACUUGUAAGAUAUUAAACUUUCUGUUGCUCACUGUAUGGUCUACAAGGGAAAGUAUGGACUGCUCAUAGUAAUGUGUAAAUUGAAGAACAGUCAUCAAAAGUAAGGAAACCUUUAAGAAAUCUCAUAUUUUCACCCAGUUACAGACUGAAGUAAAUUUGUACUGUUAACACCCUGUGAAAUAAUAUUUCUAAGCACAUGGUUAUGGUGGUGUUUGUAUGUGAAUGUUACUUUCAAUAUAAAUUAAAAUGUUAUGAAAAAUGUUUGUGGCUGUUCAUUACGAGUAUAUAUUACACUAUAAUUUACCGUCAUAUGACCUUUACUCUGGGUCUUGUGGGUUCUGAAAAAGUCCUUGUUCACCAUCAUUAUCAUAUAUUUACCAGCCCAAAAGUUUGGGCACAAUAUUAUUAUGAUUUUGUUCACUCUGCAAGUUGUCCAAAUUUAAUUAAAUUUUAAUUUGGAUAGUGUCCCAAUUUACAAGUAAUUUGGAGUGUCAUACACAACCUUAGCCAGGCUCUGGCUGGAGGGGUCUGACCCCAGCUGGAAGGACAGUGGCUUUCCUCCCUUUUUUUUCUUUUUUUCACCCCAUCCUUGACUAGAGAGCCUAUUCACAAGCUAACACAACAUAGAUAACUAAGAGGACAACGUCUGGAAAUAAUUGGAUUCAAAAAAUUCCUCUGACAGCCAAUUAAUUGGAUUUGGCCUAGAGCCUUUCCAAUUUUGGCUGUCCAAUCCUAAUGGAUGGCAUGUAGUCCUGUCACAUAUACUUGAUUGUCUCCUUUCAGUCAGCCAGUGUUUUAUCUCUAAAGAUACCUUAGGAGUGUCCAAACAAUUUUCUGGUAGCGAUUUACGUGAUAGUCAUAGUCAGAAAUACAUGUAGGAUGUCUUGGGCAAGAAAACUAAGGAAGAUCUUACUUCAAGCACCUUGACCUUUCCUUGAAGACCUUCUAAUUCCAGUUCCAAUUCUAUGUCGCAUGCAUUCUCAAGUUUAUCUUGCAUGUGGCUUGGAUGAAAUAGUAAGAGUAGUUGCUCCCUGUGAUUGUUAAGUUACAUAAGCUGCGAAGUGUCACAUGCACUAAGGACAUGGCUGUGCUUUGCAUUUCUCUAUGCUCUGUUCGUGAGUACAUUCCUGCAUUCAGAUUCUUAUCAGUUAAAAAGAGGCCCUUCUUAAUGCAAGGCACUUUUUCCACCUCAAACUAUAGUAACAAAGGUUGGGUUUUACAGCCCUCUGACUGACCUGCCUAUUACACAUUACUUCCACCUAGAGGUAACUUUAUCAUUCCAAACUGUUUUAAGUUUAAAAGUUCUUGACUUUGUGCAUUUUAAUAAAAUAAUGAUUCAGAAGUGAUAACCACUUAAAAAUAACAAAUAAAAAGCACCAAAAAUAAUACAACAGAUUAAAACAUACGCUAAAAUUACUAAACUAUUUCUAAAAUUACAAAAAAAAAAAAAAAA